AAUGCAGUGAGUCAAGGGGUCAGGAUCAAUCCGGUGUGAGCUGAGGGGGCAGGAAGGUGGGGAGGAAUGUUAAGAAUGUCUGUGCUUGUGUGCAACUCCAUUCAGCUUAUUGGCGAGACUCUGUAGCUAGAACAGUAUAAAGGGGCAGCCCUCAGCUCUCUCCUCACACAACAACUCUUCCAAUUUCCAAGACUAGGAACCAAAUACAGUGAACGAGGGAAAAGGAAAGAGGCUUGAGAGAAAAGAAACUAAGGGAACUACGCUAUCACUAACAAGAUUGCUUUGAGAUCAAGACUUGAGAGAACAAAUUUUCUUUGGAGUAGAAAAGAACUGAUCUGCUGCUAUACAAUGUCUGCAGGAAAAGUGUCAGCUGUGCUACUCUUCGCUCUCUUCUGUUGGGUGUCUGAUGCCCAGGAGUGUAAUGGGGAAUGCCGAUGCCCACAUAAAGUGCCUGUGUGUGAUCCUGGAGUCAGCCUGGUGCAGGAUGGCUGUGGCUGCUGCAAAGUGUGUGCCAAGCAGCUGGGGGAGCUGUGCACUGAAAGAGAUGUGUGCGACCCACACAAAGGGCUCUUCUGUGACUUUGGAUCCAGAGUGAACAGGAAGAUUGGAGUUUGCACUGCCAGGGAAGGUGCCCCCUGUGUGUUUGGAGGCACUGUGUACCGAAGUGGGGAGUCUUUCCAGAGCAGCUGCAAGUACCAAUGUACUUGUAUUGAUGGGGGUGUGGGAUGUGUCCCACUUUGCAGCAUGGACAUCCGCCUGCCCAGCCCUGAGUGUCCCUUCCCACAAAGAGUUAAACUGCCUGGCAAGUGCUGUGAAGAAUGGGUCUGUGACCAACCUCAAGAGAGAACCUUAGUUGGACCUGCUUUGCCUGCUUUCAGAAUGGAAGAAACCUAUGGCCCUGACCCAUCCCUAAUCCGUGCCAACUGCCUAGUACAGACUACUGAAUGGAGUGCUUGCUCAAAGACCUGUGGCAUGGGAAUCUCCACCAGGGUCAGUAAUGACAAUGAGCACUGCAGACUGGAGAAACAGAGCAGACUUUGCAUGGUAAGACCCUGUGAGGCGGACCUGGAGGAAAACAUUAAGAAAUGGAAAAAGUGCAUCCGUACACCAAAAAUUUCUAAACCAGUGAAGUUUGAAUUCUCCGGCUGCACAAGCGUAAAAAUCUACAGGGCCAAGUUCUGCGGUGUCUGCACUGAUGGUCGUUGUUGCACUCCUCACAGAACCAUUACCCUUCCAGUUGAGUUCAGGUGCCCUGACAGUGAAGUCAUGAAGAAGAACAUGAUGUUCAUUAAGACAUGUGCAUGCCAUUCUAACUGUUCAGGAGACAAUGAUAUCAUUGAAGCUAUGUACUAUCGGAAGAUGUAUGGGGACAUGGCAUAGAGCCAGAGAAACACACUUCAAAGACUUUUUCACUUGAAAUUAUUUUGCAUCUCAUUGCUAAACAUAAAAAAAUAAUUUGAAGACUUAAAACGUCAAAUGACCUCAGUCGUUGGUUUAAAGAAAUUGGCACAAAACAAGCCACAGCCACUGACUUGAGUGUAAUGUGCUGUCACUGUACUCCCAAAAUUAUAGUACAGUAUAGGGAUGUCCAUAAUGUGACCAUUACCUGCUGUUGACCUAAAACUGUCAUGUAAUGAGAACAGCAGAUAUUGGCUACAGGCUGGACAUACCUGGUAAUCUGUAUUGCACCCAGUCAAGCAACUGGAAAAAAUACUCUCAAUAUUUCUAUUUACAGUUUAUGAUGAACUGGCACUAUGUCAUAGCCCAGCUACUUUUUUGUUCUGAAGAAAGCCAUCCUUGUGGGACAGCUGUUUUAUAAACUCCUAAGUACAAAUAUUGGGAGGAACUAUAACUAUGUCUGUUACAAGACUGGAAAGGUUGUAGCAUACCAAUGUACGUGCUGUAAUCUUGUGUUUUUUAUUAUUAUUGUAUAUAAUGUUUAUAUAUUUUUGUACAGUUAUCUAAAUUAACUUAAAUUAGUUUUGUUCUUAAAUUUUUUUAUAAUGCUUUAAUAUGUGUAUGUUAACCUUUUUUAUUUUUGUUUGUUUGCGAUAAGUCAUUUCCAUGCUUAUCUGAAAAAGAAAACAUUCAAAGCACAAAAUAGAAUCUCAAAUAGAAAUUGUUCUCAGUUAAAGAGAGGGACAGUCCUGCUUACAGUUUUGUUUAUUAUGAACCAUCCGGCAGUGUUAAUUGUCUUGGAAACAUUGUAUUAACUUGACUUCCUUCAGGUGCCAUAGAGGGUAACCAGCACAUUUCAAAAAAAGCAAUGGCAACCUCUCUGGUACAUAUGGGGUGAAUAAACAAAUAACCAUUUGAGUGUAUAUCCUGAAACGGAUCCAUGUACUGUAUUUUGAACAAGAGCAUCUGUUUCCUCCUUUGACCAUGACUGUUC